AUGACUCGGGCACUUGCCUCAGGCCCCCCAACACACCAGAAGCUGCUCCCUCACCAGCUCCAUCUCAAGUCAACCCAGCUGCACUUGACACUCGGCAGCGGCUACUUGAAGGCUGACCAGUGCGAUCCACAAGCACCUAUACUGCUUACUCCUCCAGACACAGCUACAUUGCGGUGGCAGUUGGUGUCUAGCCAUGAUGCCAGGAGACCACUCGCAGCUGUGUGGAGUAUGGUUCCCAGGUACACCCUCGCCAUUGAAGCAUGUCAUGCGGAUGCAUGGCACUUCCCACUUGCCGGGCUCCAGCUGUGCUGGAUCCGUCAGGAAGUGCAUCCUAUUUCGGCUUGUUUGGCCAUGGACACGUGGGAGGUGUGGCCAUACGGAGUGGCGAGCGUGGAGCACCACGGGCAGUGUCGCGGCAGCGGCCCAAAUGAAUUAAACAUUAUACUGCUGGGAAGAAGUGGUGAUGGCAAGAGCAGUGCUAAAAACACCAUCCUUGGGGAGAAAUCAGCCCAGGUGUGGUCAUCUGCAACUUCUUUAGUGAACCAGUACCAAGCUAAAACUAGGAACUUACAGGAGAAAACACUAAGAAUUGUUGAAACGCCUGGACUGUUUGACACCAGCAAUACUAAAGAAGAGUUUCAGCAGGAGGUAGAGAAGUGCAUCGCACACUGUGCCCCAGGACUCCACGCCUUCAUCAUUAUUCUCAAAGUUGGCAGAUACAGCAAACAAGAAGCAAGAAUUCUGGAAGAGAUUAAAGAACUGUUCGGGGAGGGAGUCCUGAAAAAUGCUAUACUUCUUUUUACAAACGGAGAUCAACUUGACGAUGGACAAACCAUUGAAGAGUUUGUACAGCAGAGUGUGGCACUGCAGGAUCUGGUAAAUAAGUGUGGAGGUCGAGUUCAUGUCAUUGACAAUAAAUACUGGAAGCAGGAGCAGGAUGGAUACAGGAGCAACAGAGUUCAGGUAGAGAAGCUACUGAACACCGUAGAGGAGAUGGUGAAGGAGAAUGGAGGACAGUACUAUGGUAUUGAGAUGCUGCAGGCUGUGAAGAAAAAUAAAAGAUCUGUAAGACUGAUUAGAUUAUUUGAAAACUUGAAGAAAUAUACUCAAGGAAAAGGUUGGGCAGCUGUAGUGUUGGCCUCUGUGUUGUUAGUGGGUGUUUAUUUUCAUCACAGUUGGUACGGGUUAUUUUAUUGGUAGGGUACUUGUAAUGAUAAGCAUACUUGGGGAUGAAACUAUGUACAAUGUGUGCCAUAUUAAAAGACGUGUUAAAUUGAUCUUGGGACACA